CAUGUUAUAGAAUAGCAAAUCAGUACGUGCUAACUGCACUGGUGAGAAGUUAGUGUUAGUCGGGGAGCGAGUGAAAGGAGACGGGAGCGAUGACUCGUGGGAACCAGCGAGAACUUGCCCGGGCAAAGAAUAUGAAGAAGAAUCAGAGAAGCAAAAAAGCAGAAGAUGGCUUGUCUGCAGCUGCUCGCAAGGAGAGAGAUGCUCAGAUAAUGCAGGAGAAACAAAAGAAGGCGAGUGAGAAAAAAGAACCAAAAUAGCGAUGUGGAAUAUCAUACGACUAAAGGCAAAAAGAUGACUAGAAGGCAUCACUCCCUCCCAAUAUCUGAACAAAUGGUGUUUACCCAGCUGCAAAGUCUUUGCUUUGAGUUGUUUCCAGAUUUUUCUUCUUCUUUCAGUUAAUUAACAAGUAGUAUAGUUGAAUUCUGCCUCAUGUACAUAAUAUAAAUAUACCACUUUAUCCUACUA